CAUGUGUUGCUAGUAAGCAGCUAGUUGCGGGUGCGACAAGUUGACAAAGUACGUGCACAAUGCCACUCAUAGUUAUGUGCGGACUUCCUUGCAGCGGAAAAUCAACGCGAGCGCGAGAGCUGAAGGAGCGCUUGAAGGGAACGUGGCCAGUCGAACUUGUCUCGGACGACGAAGGACUCGCACGGAACGACGUCUACACAGAUGCGGCACGGGAGAAGCAGUUGCGUGACCAGCUAAAGUCGGAUGUGGCACGGUUGCUUUCGCGAGACCGGCUGGUGAUACUCGAUGCUCCAAACUAUAUCAAAGGCUACCGGUACGAGUUGUAUUGCCUGGUGCGUGGGGCACGGACCAACCAUUGUGUGGUGCAAGUGCUGGCUACUCAGGACCAGUGCAAGCAGUGGAAUGCAGAGCGACCUCAAUUACAGCAGUACACGCUGGAGGUGAUGACUGCGUUGGCUGAGAGACUUGAGUCGCCCGAUGCGAACAACCGCUGGGACCGGCCACUCAUUCAGUUGUCCUGGGACACUGACGAUGCAGAGGCUGCCAAAGAGGUUGAGAACGCACUGUCGGACCAUCAGCCGCUGCCACCACACCGUUCCACACAGAACGCACCUUUGGUUGCAGACCUCCACGAGCGCGACCAGUUGACACUCAACUUAGUGCAGACGAUGCUGCAGUCUGGUGACCCAACGCUGCCACCUGCUGGCAAGCUGCACAGGCUGCGACGGCAGUUUUUGGCUUGGAGUGGGACACAGCCCCUGUCCGAACUGCCACAGCUGUUCAACCAGUACGUCCGGAGUGGUGGCGACCAGUGCUAGGCGUCGGCUAACUCCAGUAGCGUACUGCUGUACGCGAGGUCCCAGUAAUGCUCCACACCGUGCUUGCGAAAGUGUUCCCUGGCCAGCGACUCCGUUGGGCACACCUUGAACUUGAGCUCGCCAAAGCUCCGCGACUUGACCGUUCCCUGCAACACAUCAGGAUUCCUCGCUUGUUGCAAACAGUGGGUGCACCCUUAAGUAUCCUUAAUAUGCUGUUCCAGUCUUCCCGAGACUACUAUGCUGCCUGAGGUGUUGCUUUUGGACAGUGACAAUGAUGAGGCAUCUUGGGCAGUCAGGAAAAGCAAAUUGAGGAAGUCAAUCUCCAAACCAGAGUGAACAAUAGGCAUGUGCACAUGCCUGGCACAUCAGGGCUACAGGGGCCUCUAUUACUGCAAGCCCUGGUGCCUUUGAUACACUAAUUUAAGUGUUAUAUCUGUAAUAAAACGGCUUACGGGGAA